GGAUAGUAUUAUUAGGAAGAGACUCAACUUAAGUGCCUUGGAAAUACAUAGGCCUUGGAGAUACAUAGGCUAUUGCUCAACGUAUCCUGCUUUCCGUGGCUAAUGUGUACAUAGGCUACAUGCUUCUUCCUUUAACUGUCUGCUUCCCGCGUCCGCAGUAAAAAUCAGAUCUUCAAUCUCGCGGUUAAAGGGUUUUCUUCCACCGUACUAACCUCAAGAAAAUCAAGUUCAAAAAAGAAACAUAAAAAUUGAAGCCCUCCAAAACUUCCACUUCUACGAAACCCUCCGUCGCGCCUCUCUCCCUCCGACCAGUCUCUGCCUUUCGAUCCAACCGGAAAAAUGCAUGCCCCAGUUCUCGUUCUCAAGGAUUCCUUGAAACGGGAGUCCGGGAGUAAGGUGCACUAUGGUAACAUCCAAGCAUCAAAGGCUGUUGCGGACGUAAUUCGUACUACUUUGGGUCCACGGUCCAUGUUGAAGAUGCUAUUGGAUGCUGCUGGAGGAAUUGUAGUGACAAAUGAUGGGAAUGCUAUCCUUCGUGAGUUGGAUCUUGCGCACCCAGCAGCUAAGUCAAUGAUCGAAUUAAGUCGCACUCAAGAUGAGGAGGUUGGAGAUGGAACAACUUCUGUUAUAGUUCUCGCUGGUGAGAUGCUGCAUGUUGCUGAAGCCUUCAUCGACAAGAAUUAUCAUCCAACAGUUCUUUGUAGAGCUUACAACAAAGCUCUAGAGGAUGCCAUCGCUGUCCUGGAUAAAAUAGCAAUGAAUGUUGAUGUCAAGGACCGUGCAACAAUGUUAGGCUUGGUGAAGAGCUGUAUUGGCACAAAGUUCACCAGUCAAUUUGGUGACCUUAUUGCGGAUUUAGCCAUCGAUGCUACAACUACAGUGGGAGUUGAUCUUGGGCAAGGAAUUCGUGAAGUGGAUAUAAAGAAGUAUGUCAAGGUUGAGAAGGUUCCUGGUGGGCAAUUGGAAGAUUCAAAUGUUCUUAAAGGAGUUAUGUUCAACAAGGAUGUAGUGGCCCCAGGUAAAAUGAGAAGGAAGAUUGUAAAUCCGCGUAUCAUUCUGCUUGAUUGUCCCCUGGAGUACAAGAAAGGAGAGAAUCAGACCAACGCAGAGUUGUUGAGGGAAGAAGAUUGGAGUGUCUUGUUAAAAAUGGAAGAGGAAUACAUUGAGAACCUCUGCAUGCAGAUUUUGAAGUUCAAACCAGAUUUAGUAAUCACAGAAAAAGGUCUCAGUGAUCUUGCAUGCCAUUAUCUGAGCAAGGCUGGUGUUUCUGCAAUCAGAAGAUUGAGAAAGACGGACAAUAAUAGGAUUGCAAGGGCUUGUGGGGCUACCAUUGUCAACCGACCUGAUGAAUUGCAGGAAUCGGAUGUUGGGACUGGAGCUGGCCUAUUUGAGGUGAAGAAAAUUGGGGAUGAAUACUUCUCGUUCAUUGUUGACUGCGUAGAUCCUAAAGCUUGUACUGUACUCCUAAGGGGUGCCAGCAAAGACCUGCUGAAUGAAGUGGAACGAAACUUGCAGGAUGCCCUAUCUGUCGCUAGAAAUAUUGUCAAGAAUCCUAAACUCGUUCCUGGUGGUGGUGCUACAGAGUUGACUGUAUCCGCAGUUUUGAAACAGAAAAGCUCAUCUAUUGAAGGCAUUGAAAAGUGGCCUUAUGAAGCUGCUGCGAUUGCUUUUGAGGCCAUACCUCGAACUUUGGCUCAGAAUUGCGGAGUCAAUGUAAUUCGGACAAUGACUGCACUGCAAGGGAAGGUAAGAACAUCAUUGUUACAGAUUUUAUGACUUUUGGUUAAAGGUUUGUGAAUGUAUCUUUUGUAGUCACAUCUAUCUGGUGCUUAUUGUGUAUGUGUUGUAGCAUGCAAAUGGCGAGAAUGCAUGGGUUGGCAUUGAUGGAAAUACUGGUGAAAUUACUGACAUGAAAGAGAGAAAGAUUUGGGAUUCCUACACUGUUAAGGCCCAGGCAUUUAAAACAGCUAUAGAGGCUGCUUGCAUGCUUCUGAGGAUUGAUGAUAUUGUAAGUGGCAUAAAGAAGAAGCAGGCUCCUGGAGCUGGGGCACCAUCGAAGCCUAAAGUAGAUGAUGGUGGUGAUGCAGACAACGAAGCACUUAUCCCCGAAUGAGAAAUGAACUUACGUUGACUAUUAAGCGCUAUGUAACAUCUUAGAUUUGUUUUUAUUUGUAUGGUGGUAAAAGGGAUCCCAGUAGUUGAUUUUGUAGUGUAGCAUUGUGUAAACUUGAAUGGUUUUUCUUUGUUUCUUCAAUGUUUGCUUUGGCUGCAAACAGUUGUGUGGUCAAAGUGUAGUUAGUUUUAGCUAUCUUUGCCCAUGAAAUUGUAGUGAGUUUUUGACCCAAAUCUUAGCCUUUUUUGGGGCUUCUUAAAUUUGAGCUGGCCGAGUACUGCAGAUGGCAUCUGAGUAAAUUUCCAGACCAAGUUUUUAUUAGUGUUUGGUUUGUUUGAUUCCAUUUAUUCAUAACUCAGAAGCUGGCCAAGUUCAAAAGAUAAAUCUUGCUGUGUAAACUUUAAACCUGAUCAUAAUCAUAAUGAUGUGAACGUCCUAUGUCAGUUAGCUUGAUAAAA